AUGAAAACACCAAUCGAUUACUUUUUCCAAACUGCUCCAAAAGACUGGGACAUAUUGGAAGCUAUUUCUGUUUACGAUAAGUUGGAGCGGUAUGAUUCUUUUGGAUCUCUAUUGGAAGACAUGCGACGCAAUGUUGACAGUGCUUGUGAAAAACAACCAACAUUCAGAAAAAAGGGAAAAUUAAUUGUUGAGAAUUUGAGAAAUAUGAACUGCAUGAAUACGCGACAAAAACAAGAAGAGCAAGAACAAGAACAAAAAGGACGCGAAAAUGAAGGACAAGAUUCUGCUCGCAACAAUGCAGAUGCUGAUAUUCUACUACCAAUAACAGUUCGUGCCGAUAAAAUUGCUGAUACUAUUACGAAUCAUGGUGAGCUUAAUGUUGUAAAUAAAAAGGUAAUAUCAUCACCAGUUACCAAUAUUACCAACAGCAAUAUCGUUACUCCUACCACGCCUACCACUCCAUCGGCCUCUAUAUCUGUAAGUAAAGGACCUAGCAGAUACAUAUUCGAUCCACCUUGUACAUCAACUGAGCGGCCGCACAUGCCCAAAAUGCGCAAAGCUGAACUUGAAACACUUAAUCAAUUAUUCGUCUUUGGCACUCAGUAUUGUAUAAGUGACCCUUUGUGUGAAACUGAAUACAAGAAAAAUAAAGAGCAACAGAUCAAUAGUUCGUCCCUCUGUAUUCUUGGAUUGUUUGACGGCUUGGUUUCCUUACUUUGUAAGGUUUCAUACGAUGACUUUCUUAGUCACCUUUGGAAUUGGAAAAGUGAAGCCAACAUGGAUGAACAAGGUAAGAACUUCUUGAGUAUUUGCAAGCAUACACUAUCGACGUUCCAUCUUGUACAGCAAACCCCACCAAUGCACAUGAUGAAUCACGAAAGAACAUUUUUUUGUGAAGCUGUAUUGCCUGGUCUUUUGGCUUUGUCAAAAAUUACCAAAUUUAUUGAAUUUAAGUGGUGCGAAGCAAAGUACAACGCCACUAAAACGCUGUAUUUGAAGGAUGGGGACUACGACGGUCGUUCCACUGUGCCUGCAAGAUAUAUUGAUGCUUUGGGAAUUUUGAAAACGCAUGAUAAUAUGGAGAUGGUAGUUGUGGAGUCGUCAAGGUCUAAAGCAAAAAAAUAA